GUUGUUUAGCAUGGAUAGCAAUGCUUAAUUCGGAUCCGGGUAUUAGUGAUAAUAGAAAUUUGAUGAUUCCUUUUAUUAUCGGUUCUCUAGGUGCUAUGUUAUUUUUAUAUUUCAAUAAAGUGGGUGUUUUCUUUGUUGGAAUAUUGGGAGGAUGUGCAUUUGGCCUUACUACAUUAUCUGUUAAAGACAAUGGACUUUUCGCAUCAUACCAAUACCGCCUUAUCUAUUUGGCAAUACAUGGUUUAAUUGGCCUAGGGAUCAUGUAUAUUUACUGCCCAACCAGAAGAAUUUGGCCUUUGUGCCUAUCAUCAGCAUUUUGUGGCUCAUAUGCAAUAAUUCUAGGUGUCGAUCAAAUAUUAAGAUCCGGAUUUACAACUGCUCUAAUUAUUUAUCUAGAUUUAAAUCAAUCAUAUUCUAAUAUAUUGAAAUAUAGUGUUAAUGGAAAAAUUUAUGGUUUGUUGGGUGGUGUUUUUGUAUUAGCUGCUAUAGGUUUCUACUUACAGUGGAAGAUGUUAUCUCCUAUAAUGCCACAAACAAGUGGUAACAGUCCACCAGCCAUGAGAGAUGAUCUAGAAAAAAUAGUGUACGAAAUGAAUCCCUCUAUACGUAAAUCAAUGAGAUCUAGUAAAGUUGACUUUAGAGAUAUGAAUCAAUUAGUUACUGUUAAUAAUGAAAAAGGUGAUGCUGAAGGUCCGGAAAUAGUAAAUAAUAUUAGGUAUAUUGAAAAUAAUAAUGUGAAAAAUUCUAAAUUUGAUCUUAGUAAUUCUUGUCAUACGGAUCCUGUUCAGUAUAUUGAAAAUUACACAAAUCCCACAAAUAGUACUAGUAACAUUGGAAAAUAUCGCAAAUAUAUGUUCUUAGGUUGUAAUGGUGUAGAAAAUACAGUAAUAUAA